AGUUUAGUACGCUUCAAGUUAAGCUAAGAUAGAAUCAGUUAAGCUGAUUUAGUGCUCCAAGUGUUUCAUAAUGAAGCUUUUCGUAGUUCUCAGUGUACUGCUAGUCGGGGCCCUGGCCCAAGAAGGACCCAAAGUUACUGAUAAGGUCUACUUCGACAUCGCCAUCGGUGGAAAGUCGGAAGGUCGCGUUGUGAUUGGUCUGUUCGGUGGUACCGUUCCGAAAACCGUUAAAAACUUCAAAACUCUCGCCGAGAAUGCCGAAGGUGAAGGCUACAAGAACAGCAAGUUCCACCGCGUCAUCCCGGACUUUAUGAUCCAGGGCGGAGAUUUCACCCGCGGCGAUGGAACCGGUGGCCGUUCGAUCUACGGAGAGCGAUUCGCCGAUGAGAACUUCAAGCUGAAGCACUACGGCGCCGGAUGGCUGUCGAUGGCCAACGCCGGAAAGGACACCAACGGAUCACAGUUCUUCAUCACCGUGAAGCAGACCAGCUGGCUCGACGGACGCCACGUCGUGUUCGGCAAGGUGCUGGAGGGUAUGGACGUUAUCCGAAAGAUCGAGAAGACCAAAACCGACGGACGUGACCGUCCGGUGCAGGACGUUGUGAUUACCGACAGUGGUUCCCUGCCGGUGGAUGCUCCGUUUGCCGUGGAGAAGGCUGAUGCUCGUGAUUAGAUAAUGAUGAUGAUGAUGAAGAUGAUGCGGUGGGACGAGAUUGGGGAAUACGCGACCAGUGAGCUUGGAGAGCCCUCUGGUUAUUGUUUACCGAAAGCUUCCACACGAGAAGGGUGCAUUUAAUGUGCUUAGACACACAACUUGAAGAUGAGAGUAAUAAAUAAUGAAG